GGUCUGGGAACGAAUUGGUUUGGAUAUUACGUGUGUUAAUCUUCAGUCCUCUGAAAGUUUGGGGAUCAGAGGAGGAAGUUAAGAGUUUGAUCAGUGUCUUAAAAAGAGGCAGUUAUGCCACCAUUGUCAAGGCGUGAAAGAAGUGUAGGAAAUGUGAUCUGCAGCUAAGGAGCAUCAGUUUACUGACACUCCUCGCCCUAUGCCCCAUGCUCCGUGCCCCAUGCCCGAACACUUCUUUGAUGAACUUAAUAUAGUUUGUGCCUUGUCACCAAACUCAGAGCUCCCUGUCAACCUCGAAUUUCUGAGCCCCACUUCUUUCCAAAGGACUUAAUUGAAAUAGAGGGAAAAAAAUGUUAGAACCCCAAGAGAAUGGCUUAGUUGACCUGCCAGAUUAUGAACAUGUAGAAGAUGAAACUUUUCCUCCUUUCCCACCUCCAGCAUCUCCGCAGAGAGAUGGUGAAGGACCUGAACCUGAUGAAGGGUCAGGGACCAGAGCACCUGUUCCUGUACCUGUAAAGAGAACAGUUAAAAGGAAUAUUCCCAAGUUGGAUGCUCAGAGAUUAAUUUCAGAGAGAGGACUUCCUGCCUUAAGGCAUGUGUUUGAUAAGACAAAAUUCAAAGGGAAAGGUCAUGAGGCUGAAGACUUGAAGACACUAAUCAGAAACAUGGAGCACUGGGCACAUAGGCUAUUCCCCAAACUGCAAUUUGAGGAUUUUAUUGACAGAGUUGAAUAUCUGGGAAAUAAAAAGGAAGUGCAGACCUGUUUAAAACGAAUUCGACUUGAUCUCCCUAUUUUACAUGAAGAUUUUGUUAGCAAUGAUGAUGAAGUGGGGGAAAGCAAAGGCCUUGAUGUAACUGCUGCCGAGUUAGAUCCCUUUUUGACAGACUCAUCUGAAAGUGAGAAGUUUGCUUCUGUGUCAAGUAGAAACCUAACAGAAGAGCAACAACAAAGAAUUGAGAGAAAUAAACAACUGGCCUUGGAAAGAAGGCAGGCAAAGCUACUGAGUAAUAGUCAGUCCCUAGGAAAUGAAAUGUUAAUGAAUACACCCAAGGCACAGACAGUUGAAGAGAUUUGUAUUGAUGAAGAUCAAAAUGAGGAGUCAAAUGGAUUAAACAAAGACAUUUUAGUCAGUUCACAUAAUGAUGCUUCUGUAAAUGAAGAGGAGCAAUUAAAAUUAGAGGAAACACAACUGGACCAAUCCUUUUAAAAUGUGCAAAGGUAAUUUUAUGCUUCAUCCAGAAGUGUUAUCAAAGUUAUUAUUGUGUCUUUUGUCUGCUUUGUAAGAAAACCUUUAUGUAGUAAAAAUGUUUGUGGAUUCUUGUUUAAACUCUGAUAUUUAUUUAUAAUUGUCAGUAAUAUUAGUAAAGUCUUUUUAUAUAUAGAUAUGACUUCAUAAAGUGAUUUGUUAAGCAGCUUCUAAUACUAGUGUGCAUUAAAUGCCUUAUUUCCGCUAAAUUGCAUGUUUUAAGAUGUAAAUAUGUAUUUAAAUUUUUUUUGGGGGGGGGCUACUGGGAAUUAAACCUAGGAGUGCUAUACCAUUGAGCCCUUUUUAAGACAGGUCUUGCUAAAUUGCUGAGGUUGUCCUUCAACUUGUGAUCCACCUACCUUUUUCCCGGAUCACUGGGAUUGCAAUUAUGUGUCACCAAGCCUGACUUGAUGUCACUUUUAAAAUUUUGUUUAGAGACAGGAUCUUGCUAAGUUGCUUAGAGCUUCACUAAGCUGCUGAGGCUAGCUUUGAAUUUACAAUCCUCCUGCCUCAGCCUCCCGAGCCGCUAGGAUUACAGGUGUGUGUCACUUUUUUCUUUUGGUACUUGGGGAUUGAACUCAGGGGCACUCGAUCACUGAGACACAUCCCCAGCCCUGCUUUGUAUUUUAUUUAGAGCAUUUUCUGCCACCUUCAGCCCACUAAAUGUCUGUUUUUUUUUUUUAAAUAUUGUGUUUUAGUUGGACACUAUACCUUUAUUUUAUUUUUAUGUGGUGCUGAGCAUCAAACCCAGAGCCCCACAUGUCCUAGGGGAGCACUUUACUGCUAAGCCACAACCCUAGUCCCCUAAUGUCUGUUUUUUAAAAAGAAAUAAAAAUGUCUUUGGAAACUUUGUGUGUUUGAUCACUGUUCUGCAAUUAUAUUUUUAAUAAAAUGUUCACAGUGUU